AUGUAUUUUGAUAGUCUUGUAUUACAGAGCCUUUGCAUAGACGCUAAGCCACCCAAACUGAUUAAUGAAAUGUUAGAUAAUUUCGCAAGCAGAAUGACUUCAAAAACCAGCAAAAUUAUUAAAGGCACAAAGGUCAGUGAGAGGCCUACAACACGAGCGUCAACGAGGACUGAACUUCCUUUUAAAUGCGACACUGACUCUGAGAAGUCACAAAUAAUUUUCACAAACAAACCAGCUGACACUGUUACGCCGUCGGCGACUAUAUCUGCAGCGACAACGCGCGCUAGUUCUGUCGACCCUCCGCGACAACUCUCAGAGAGUUUAACGAAGGUUAAGAGGCGGAAUUGCCAAAGUAGCAAAAAAGACGGAGUGGUUCACAAAAAAACCAGUAAGCCAAAGAAAGCUACUG